AUGCUGGAGAAUGGCUCGCUGAGGAACUGCUGCGAGCUGGGCGGCCGAGGGGGCUUCGGCUUGGCGGGGCGGGAGGCGGCGGCGGCGGCCCGGCGGCCGGCCUGGGUGGUCCCGGCGCUGUCCAGCGUGCUGAUCUUCACCACCGUGGUGGACAUCGUGGGCAACCUGCUGGUCGUCAUCUCGGUCUUCAAGAACCGCAAGCUCCGGAACUCAGGUAAUGCAUUUGUGGUUAGCCUGGCUUUGGCAGACCUGGUGGUGGCCUUGUAUCCAUAUCCACUGGUGCUCUUAGCCAUUUUCCACAAUGGAUGGUCCUUGGGUGAAAUGCACUGUAAACUGAGUGGCUUUGUGAUGGGACUAAGCGUAAUAGGCUCCAUCUUCAACAUUGCUGCAAUUGCAAUAAACAGAUACUGUUACAUAUGCCAUAGCUUUGCUUAUGACAAAGUGUAUACUUGGUGGAACACAAUGCUAUACGUCUGCCUAAUUUGGGUGUUAACAGUUGUUGCAACUGUGCCAAAUUUUUUCGUUGGCUCUUUAGAGUAUGAUCCGCGCAUAUAUUCAUGCACAUUUGUUCAGACUGCUAGCUCCUAUUACACCAUCGCUGUUGUCAUAAUUCAUUUCAUAGUACCUAUCACUAUUGUGAGCUUCUGCUACUUUCGGAUUUGGAUCUUAGUGAUUCAAGUAAGAAGAAGAGUCAAAUCAGAAAUAAAACCAAGACUGAAGCCGAGUGACUUCAGAAACUUUCUCACAAUGUUCGUGGUUUUUGUGAUCUUUGCUUUUUGUUGGGCACCACUAAACUUCAUUGGACUAGCUGUAGCUAUCAAUCCUUUGGAAAUGGCACCAAAAAUUCCUGAGUGGUUGUUCGUCAUAAGCUAUUUCAUGGCCUACUUCAACAGUUGCCUUAACGCAAUAAUAUACGGACUUCUUAACCAGAAUUUUCGAAAAGAAUAUAAACGAAUCCUAAUGUCACUGUGGAUGCCAAGGCUUUUCUUUCAGGAAACAUCCAAAGGGGGGACUGAAGGUCAGAAGAGCAAGCCUUCUCCUGCUUUAAACAACAAUGACCAAAUCAAAACUGAUACUUUGUAA